CGGAAUAUGGCGGUGCUAAGCAGGAUGUGCAUAAGUUUUUGAUUUUGCAUAAAACAACGAGUUGCAAAUUGCACAUUGAUUUUACAUUCAUUUUUGUUUGAUAACGUGCUUAGUUUAAGAUUUUGUGAACGUUUUAUCCCUCCUCAGGGGAUCGUUAUUUGGACUCUAAAUUUGCGAUGAAAAUUAUUACUUCAUUGGUGGUGUAAAAAUAAUUGUGACAAAUAUAACUUAUAACCCAGCACGGCGUGGCGGCCAUGGCUACGCUCAUCCAAGAGAACGGCAUCAAGGAGUUGAGCAAUGGCAUAUCCACGCACAGCGUCGCCAGUCAUAUGGUGCCGGACCACGAGUACUGCGAGGCGGGCGCGGGCGGCGUGCCGCAGGCCUGCGCUGUCGCCGCGCCUGCCGCCCUAGCCCCGCCCGCGACUUCGCCCUCGCCCGCCGACGAGGAGGACACGCCCGAAAUAGACAUCAUGAUAAACAAUGUUGUGUGCAGUUUUAGUGUUAAGUGCCACCUGAACUUGAGACAGAUCGCUUUGAACGGUGUUAACGUGGAGUUCCGUCGCGAGAACGGCAUGGUGACUAUGAAGUUGCGGCGGCCUUACACCACCGCGUCGAUAUGGUCAUCGGGGCGCGUGACGUGCACGGGCGCCACCAGCGAGGAUCAGGCGAAGGUGGCGGCGCGCCGGUACGCGCGCGCGCUACAGAAGCUCGGCUUCCAGGUCCGCUUCCAGAACUUCCGAGUAGUCAACGUAUUAGGAACCUGCCGCAUGCCGUUCGGCAUUCGAAUUAUAGCCUUCUCCAAUAAAUAUAAAGAAGCAGAUUAUGAACCAGAACUGCAUCCAGGUGUUACUUAUAAACUAUAUAAUCCUAAAGCUACUCUGAAAAUAUUCUCCACCGGUGGCGUAACUAUUACAGCCCGGAGCGUGAACGACGUGCAAUCGGCGGUGGAGCGCAUCUUCCCGCUGGUGUAUGAGUUCCGCAAGCCGCGCACCGCCGCCGACGAGGAGCUGCUGCGGCAGAAGCGGGCCGCGCGCGCCGGACACGGCCCCACCCACGGGCCCGCGCACCCGUACCCGCACCCCGCCCCCGCGCCCGCGCCGCACCCGCACCCGGCCGCGCCCGCGCCCGACCCCCUGCACCUCGUCACGCUCUCCGACGACGACGCCGACCACGACGCCGACGCCUGGGAGUGACCCGAGCGCGGCCCGACUACCGCCGCCAUCGCAUACGACCGCAUCUAAACCGACCACCGAGCGCCGCGCCGGUCAGCGUCGCGAACGCCCGUUGGACAACGAAUUACGACCGACUUGAAACACCGGGACGGACUCCGCCUCCGGCACGUUCACAGACGAAGACCCUCGAGCGCGUCUCGCCGCGAUAUCCUCCCGCGAAUGAAGAAGUAAACGCUCGCGCCCGUCGCGGAUAUAUCACGCCCCAGCUUACACUUUCAUUCUUCGCGGUCCACGAAGAUCGUCCGAAUAUAUAAACCUAAGAAAGGACGACAUCGUUCCACCGGAUGCGAACGUUCGAACGAAAAUCGAAAGAAGCGUGGAGUUAACGCCGCGGUUGCGUUGGCGGUUUUCACGGACGAUUACGAGCGAAUCUAAUAACCGCGAAGAGCGGCUUUUACGUUGUGCCGGUAGCGGCGAACGUUUGGUCGGGAGAAAGUAUUAGGCGACGCGGCAGUGCUGUGCUGGUGGCUUACACGGACAAUUUGCGCGUCAUCCGGCGCCGUGCUAAUCUACAUCUCUGCGGUUUUGUGUCGGAGCAGUUCUCGUUGACCCGUGCGGUUUUGUAGUGCGACCGCGUGUGACUGUCGGCGGCCCGUUCGGUUCAUGCCAAAGAUAUUUAUUAGGCAGACCCUUGUCUGCGAACUACCGUUCUUGCGCGCCCUGUGACCUCUGUAUUCGUAGGUCUCCGGUUUGCGCUUAACCAAAUUUGUCAUGAAUUAAUAACUAUGUUCAGAGAAUUAAUCUCGAUGACGAUACUCAGUCUCGUUUUUUUUUCAUUUGCUGUUAUGAUCGAAGAAGUUGUAGUGAUAAUAGUGUUCAAUAAGUUUGUUCUAAGGAAGAUGACUGAAUGAUUAGUUAGA